UCUCCACCAUGACGUCGCGCAGUCGGCCGUAGCCCUGUUUUGUUUGGACCCUCCUCACAGCUUUUCUGCCACACAGCCGGCGAAUUAAACCUCUGCCCCCGGGGAAACCAUGGCCGAAGAGGCCUCGGAAUCCGCCCGGCCGCCUCAGCACGAUGGGCUGCUCCAGCAGCGUGUGGAGGCUUUGGAGCAGGAGCGGGCCGAGUUCCUGAAGCUGAAACAGCAGUUGGAGAUGGAGUUCAAUCAGAAACGGGCCAAGUUUAAGGAGCUGUACUUGUCUAAAGAAGAGGAGCUGAAGCGACAGGCUGCAUCUCUGGAGAGCGCCCAGGCAGAGCUGAGCCACAUGCAGGCCCAGUUGGCUGAGUCCAAAGCCGAGAUGGAGAACAUCAAAGCUGUUGCCACUGUCUCUGAGAGCACCAAGCAGGAAGCCAUCGACCAGGUCAAGCAACAGUGUCAGGAGGAGGUGGUUUCAUUACAGGCCAUCAUGAAAGAAACAGUGCAGGAAUACGAGGUGCAGUUCCACCAGCGGCUAGAGCAGGAGCGGGUCCAGUGGGCACAGUACCGCGAGGGAGCAGAGAGAGAGAUCGCUGAACUCCGCCGCCGCCUGUCUGAGGGUCAGGUGGAGGAGAACCUGGAGAAUGAAAUGAAAAAGGCUCAGGAAGAUGCAGAGAAGCUUCGUUCUGUGGUAAUGCCAAUGGAGCAUGAAAUUGCAGCUCUAAAGGCCAAGCUGACGAGCUCAGAAGACCGGGUGAAGGAACUGGAGGCUGCUAAGGUUAAGGAACUCAACCAUGUUCUGGAAGCAGAAAAGUCUUGCCGGACUGAUUUGGAGAUGUACGUGGCUGUCCUCAAUACCCAGAAAUCUGUCCUCCAAGAGGACGCAGAGAAGCUACGAAAAGAGCUCCAUGAAGUGUGUCACAUGCUGGAGCUGGAGCGGCAGCAGCACAACCAGCUGAAGCAUACCUGGCAGCGUGCCAACGACCAGUUCCUGGAGUCACAGCGUCUGCUCAUGCAGGACAUGCAGCGCAUUGAGAGUGUGCUGUCUUCCGAACAGCUGCGGCAGGUCGAGGAGAUGAAGAAGAGGGACCAGGAGGAAGAUGAGCAGCAGCGAAUCAGUCAGGCUAAAGACGUGGGUGAGGAUGAUGGACCAGAUCACGCAGAGGCAGCAGAAGACUCUCUUCUUGGUCUUUCUAUAGAGGAGUCCCACCUGAACCAUAGCAUCCACAGCUCUUUACACUCGCUGGACGAGGACACUCCGGGCCGUCCGGACUCAUCCGACCCCUACAAAGAUGGCUUACGGCGGGUCCAGUCCACAGACAGCCUGGGUUCAUCCGGGAGUACCUUGCAAACCCAGGGCCUGGGCGGCCACAAUCACAAAGCCAAGUCAGCCAGCAACCUGGAUGAGUCUGACUUUGGGCCGCUGGUCGGGGCGGACUGUGGUGGAUUUGAGAGCCCUGAUGUGUCCUCCAUCGCCUCACUGCCCACACCCGGCCACUUCCUCCUCACAAAGGACCAGGAGAAAGCCAUCAAAGCUAUGACUCCAGAGCAGGAGGAGACAGCCUCACUGCUCUCCAGCAUUUCACAAUGUCCAGACUCAACGUAUCUGCCUCCAUCUGGCUACCGCCUAGUCAGUGAGACAGAGUGGAACCUGCUCCAGCAAGAGCUGAAGAAUGCAGGGAGGAAGUUGGGCAGACGGUGUGAUAUGUGUUCCAACUAUGAGAAACAGCUUCAAGUCAUCCAGGGACAGGAGGCAGAGACGAGAGAUCAGGUGAAGAAGUUGCAGGCAAUGAUUCGACAGGUCAAUGAACAGUUGGAGAGAACAAUGAAGGAGAAACAGGAGUUGGAAGACUCUGUAAAGCAGGGCAAUGAGGAAACCAGUACUAAGGUCACAGCACUAAUGCUGAAAGUCCAGGAGUCAGAGACUACACUGGGUGCACUCCAGCAAGCCUUUAGCCAGGCCAAGAGGAACACACAAGAACAGAUGGCUGUGCUGCUGCAGUCCCGGGAACAGGUAGCGGAGGAAUUGAGCAGGUUGCAGAGGGACAAUGAGAGUCUACAGGGCAAACACAGGCUUCACCUCGCUUUGCAGCAACAAGAGGAUUUUAACAUGCCCACUACCAUUCAGGAACUACAGUCAUUGGUACUGCAAUUCCGGGAGGACAUAGUAUCAGUGCGCACAGCAGCAGACCACCUGGAGGAGAAGUUAAAGGCGGAGAUCUUAUUCCUAAAGGAGCAGAUCCAGGCGGAGCAGUGUCUGAAAGAGAACAUGGAGGACACACUACAGCUAGAGAUUGAAGGAUGCAAAGAGGAAAUAGACAUCCUGGAAGCAUCCUUUUCUAGCCUGAAGACAGAAUUGGAGCGAGUGAAGAGUGAAAAAGAGCAGAUGGAGAGCAGUUUGGCUGAGAAAAGCCAGGCAUUAGAAAGUCUACAGAGCCUGAAGAGCAGCCUGGAGGAACAGCUUAAAGAUACACUCUCCAGCAAGAGCACUCUUGAGAGUCAGGUGUUUGACGAGAAGGAUAAAGCACAGCGGCUGCAGACGGAGCUGGACGUCAGUGAACAGGUCCAAAGAGACUUUGUAAAGCUGUCCCAGACUCUCCAGGUCCAGUUGGAGAGGAUCCGUCAGGCUGACUCAUUAGAUCGUAUCCGGGCCAUUCUCAAUGAUACCAACCUGACAGACAUCAGCCAGCUUCCUGAGACAUGAUGCUCCCACCCACUCUCCCACCCAGAUUAUUAUUAUUAUUAUUAUUAUUAUUAUUAUCUUCCCCUUGCUUACUCACAAAACCCACACACAUGCGUUCAUCCCUGUCUUUCCCCCGGCUCUGCAGUCCCAACACAUUGCAGCAUCUCCUCCAACUUAUAUGAACAGACUCGGGGACAAUGGGAGUGGCCUGAGCUUUUUAAAACACUCUUAUCUUUCGCCCCAAAGUGUGAAGUCUUCAAGACCUGAGGCUGCGCACCCUGGAGAAACACUACGAUUAUCUACUGCUGCUGCUGGAAGAUGUGAUCUGAGAAAUAGACUGAUGUGUUUAAAGAAGCGUAGGGUGCUGCUCUCUUUUGGUGAUCUUAGGAUUUCAUAAAAUUUUAAAAGGCUACCCGAUAUCAUCAACUUCUCAUUCAGGUUGAUGUAGAUUCUAUUGGUUUCAUAGGUUGGCGAUCUAUGGGAUUUAAUGGAGUCCUAAUAUUAAUUUUCUCUAUUGUUUUGAUUUUUCCCACCUCUAUUUCCUCUCUCCUCUCAUGUUUCCUGGCUUGUUUCCCUACUUCCACUCCAUCUACUGAGUCUAAAGGCAGGGAUUUAAUGAAGGAGACAGAUUCACUAGUAUUUGUACAUACCUUGUAAACAGAAUAUAUAUGUAUAUUGCAUCGAGUUAAGUUAAUUUGUUAAGUAUGUGUGCUCCCCGUCUCCCCCUCUUAACAUUCUUCUCUUCAGAGUCGCGUGUUCAGUCCAUGAUUCAUUUAAUAGAAGUGUGAUUUCUUUGCCGGUGUGGGUUCCGUAACUUGGCCCUUGCUCUCUUUCCGUUUUACUUCACCUGUGUUUUUGUCUACAUUCAGCACAAAAAAAAAACCUGAAAAAGGUUCAAGCCACGCUGAUUUUCUUUACUAAACCACAUUUUACACAAACCAAUUGAGGACCUCCAUAAGAUCCAACUUCAAGCUGUGAUUUCUUCUCUCUUUUCAUUUCAGCCAGUUGACUUCUCUUUACUGGUACCAAGUGCUGUUUUUGGCAACAUUUGGCUUUUUUCGUUCACUACCCUUAAGUUUCUACAUGGUGGUCUGAUGAUUUUUGGCUCUACUGUCUAAUCUAGUUUUCUGUGCUCGAUAUUCUGAUGUCAUUGACUCAAUGUGCAAAGAGGUUCAGUGGACAGUGGCAUUGAUGCCAUUGAUCUCCCCUCCACUCCACAUGACCACAACAAACUUUCUGUACGUCCAAUGAGAGUAAGUACACUAUGCGUCUAGCUAGCUGCUGCUAUCUUCAUGUCUUUUAGCGUCCAGUGCUACUGAUAGGCUCAUUGAGUUGAAUACUAUGUGUUCACCAUGCUAAAAACAGAAAAGAAAAGAAAAAAAAAAACACAGUUAACCUAUGUGUAUGUGUCUCGCGUGCAGUGCAGGAUGAAUGAGAACUGCAUAUGAAAUCUUUCUGAACCAAAGUUAAGUGAUAUGUUAGCCUGAAUUAUUCAGGGCAGCAUAUUUGAGUAGCAAAAAAUAUAAAAAGGGCGAGAGAGGUCAGUACAGUUUUGUGUAGAGGGGGGAAAAAAGGCAACAUUUAUGUAUCUGUCUUGUGGAUUAGAUUAUGGUCACAGAGCAUCAUCUGGCUGCUUCUCAAAAACACUUAACUCAUGAGGAAACUUUUGGUUUUUGGAUCCGCUGCAUUUUUUUGUUUGACAGCUGAAGUGUUUUUAGAUUAGUAAAUGUACUUUUUUUCUGACAGCAGUUCACAUGAGGUGAAAUGGCACAUGGUUUUCUUGCCCUGCUGAUCUUGGCCAGACUGCUUAGUAAUAAUUUUUCCAAUCUGGCGAGCUUCAUUGGAAAGUCUUUUUUUUUUUUUUUUUUGCAUAGUGCUACUGAUGUUUACAGGCAGUGCAGUUGUGCUUGAAAACACAGCUGUACUUGUCCCAGAAGUGUGUGGGACAAGAUUUGAUUUAAAGAUGGAUGUUCUGCUGUAAACUUAUGUAUGCAGCCACACUCAGAGCCAGCCCCAGGUUCUGGAAGCUCUGGAAGCUUUGGAAUCAUCCUUAGUGGUUAUAUGGCUUGUAGGAAUUCAUGAUCUGCACACAAAUGUACUUUUUUUUAA